AUUCGAUACCACAAUAAGGUAUGCGUUUGAGAACACUGAAAAGGAAACUGUAAAAUAUUCUAGUUUAAAGUUUUUUAGUUUUUUUUUUUGACAUUUCAUGUUAUCCGUCAUAUUUCAUUAGAUAUAUGUUUGCACUCUCAUCAGCUGUGUAUUUGUUUAUACAAGUUUGAGAACUUGCAUUGAAAGACAGUACAUGACAAUUAUCAUUCUGCAGUUCAGGAGUGCUAACACAUGUUGUUUUUCAUGCUAGGUAUUUUUCACAGAUAGUUAAGUGAUGUGUGCGAGGUAAUUUUGCUAGGAAUCAAGGAGAUCUGAAUGAGACCUGCGACAAAACAGCUGAUCCCUGCGCAACGUGAUCCGAUAGAGGAGACUUUUGACUCAAAAAGAGGUAAAAAAGACUAACGAGGUUCAACUUUUGGCGUUUCGUAAAAUUUUGCAUCUCGCGAUGACGAACUCAACAUCGACACAGAACGCUACAAACAAUUCUUCAGCGCCUCGAGAGGAAAUUAGUGUAAUGGGAUUUUAUGGAACAGACGAAUUUCAGACGAUUAUCGUCGUUUUACUAACAGUUGUGAUAGUCUUUGGUUUUCUGGGGAACUUAACAGUCAUUGGCACUAUUUUCCAACGCCAGCGAAACCUCAAGACCUCCAGUAACUACUUGAUAAUGAAUAUUGCUGCGGCUGAUCUGUUUGUAGCGGUAAUUGUCGCUCCACUCCGUUUCGUAGAAAUGUUCCACGGAUGGCCUCUCGGAGAGUUCCUCUGCCACUUCUUAGCUCCUCUCCAAGACGUUAUUGUCUGCGUAUCAGUGAUCACACACACAGUGAUUGCUUUGGAAAGAUACCGAGGGAUAGUACAGCCAUUUAAAGUGAAGCUCUCCGUUCGCCGAACAAAACAAGCGAUUGGAAUUAUCUGGGUGGUAUGUUACAUCGCCAGCGGUCUUCCCCUUGCUUUUAUUGUAACAGUGACACGCGUCGGGGACGUUCAAGAGUGUAGAGUUCGAUGGCCAUUACAUAUUUUUCGACAACUUUACAAAGUUUUUCUUGUGAUCGUGUUUGUAAUCGUGCCGUUGGUGAUUCAAACUUACUCUUACUCCUGCAUUGUGAAAGUAGUCAACAUUGAAAUCACGGCUGUAAACGACUCCAUUGAUUUAGAUGCCCCGGCAACUAGACUUGCGCAGAGUAAAGCUCGAGUCGUGAAGAUGCUAAUCUUUCUUGUCGUUGCUUUUCAAUUGUGUUCCAUUCCUCGCGUCUUAACCAUGUUGCUGUGGGAAUUUGGUGAUUUUAAAGGCAAUCUCAGUUUCCAAUACGCUAUUACAAUAACUCUGAUUACUUACUAUCUUAAGCACGUGAUUAACCCCUUUAUCAUCUUUGCAACGAGUGCAGAAUUCCGCGGCAGUUGCGGAUUAUGUGUGAUGUGCAAAUGAGCGGCAAAAUAGAAAGUCGGAUUUCCUAAAAUAAAUCGUAUUUAAAAACUGGAUAGCACAGAUUAGUUGAUUGCGGCUCGUCAGUGAUAUCUCAGAGACUGUUAUCAUGGAAAUGCACAAGAAAAAACAUAAACUAAUAAGGGUAAAAAAAAAACGGCAAAGGCAGUCUGUCCUCAAACUGUAAACCACAGAAGGAAGUACGAAGACAAAACUUUUGUCGUCUCUGUUUUCAGUGACUAAAAACAGAAAAGAAGAGAAGCCGUCUCUGAUGAAUACAUAAUUUUACUUUUUAUAAUAGACCAUAGUCAUAAACGUUCAGUUGGAAGUCACUUGGAGUACAAUGUAUGUGGGUAAAGUAAUUAAAACUGGUAUUAAAUGUCACUCAGAACACACCCUUCUAAAUAUUUGCGCAGCUGAGGUAAAAAUAAUUUGAAUAUCUUUGAACUAGCAAUAUCGUGGAAAACGAAAUUUGUGACGGACCAGCUGGUGCUCAAGUUAAGCCAAGUCGAUCUUUAUUUUUUACACAAAAUCGUAUCAUAUUUACGCUAUAGUGUUCCUAAGAGUCACGUUACUCAGUUGACACAUGAAGAACUACUAACUUAAGAAAAAUAAAAUGCGGUAACAACUUAUACUAUCAAGCUUUCUACUAUUUAUAGUGUGUUAAAAAAAUAAUUUUUGUAGUUGAGGUUCUACCGCAGUGCACUGAUCCACAACCACAUCUGCAUAAAAGGAUACUGAUCCCGGGGGGUACUCCCGGAAGAACUGGGUGGGGGUGUGCGGCCCGCUUCCCAAAACCCUUACCCUAUUUAUGACCAAAAUCUGCGAUAUUUCCUACCCUAUUUAUGAACUGAUCAAUAAUUCGAAACUCUAUUUAUGACUGACCCUUCAAUCAAAACCCUGUUUCAGGUCUUCGUUUUCUUAUAAUUAGUUCCCUAGUUCAGACCAAUG